CGUCAUGUUCUGUGCUAGGCUACAGCUGUUUUUGUUUUAUGUUUGUUCUAUAUGCAGAUGUUGCUAUGAGGAAAGAAGUCAGCAAUGACUGAUGUGGAGCCUGUGGUCACAGAUUUUGCAGCAUCAGGAAGGGCAGGCCGCCGGAACGCUUUACCAGAUAUUCUGGGCUCUCCUGCUGGUGCUGGGACUUCAGACCUGCCACACAAACUGGCCGAGCUCUCCGUUUCAGAAGAUGAAGGAGCAGAGGGUGAAGAAGUACCAUCAUCCAAAGCCUCACUGGAAAGUCAAGAGUCAGAAGGCAAAAGCAGUAAUUCCUAACACCUAAGGACUGCUGGAUUAAUGAAACCCAUCAACAGACUUUCUAGAGUUUCCCUGUGUCACCAGUUCUGAAGUGUGGUAGCAACUGUGGCAACAUAAACAACAUUUUGCAGCACACUUGUACCUAAAUGACCUUAACAUGGAACUAAUGUUUUUUUUUUUUCUACUGUAGUCCAUCAAAAACAAUGUUCUACAAAUCUAAAUGGGUUGAGAACUAAAGAAUGUAUCUGUUGUUUUGGGUUUUUUUAAUAGUUGUAGUAUUCAUCCUAACCAAUCUUCUUUGGCAGUUUUAAUGAGUAUAAUUAGUAGAUGUACGAAGUAAUGACUGCUUCAAAAUAAAAUUUCCAUUUCUUAAUUUUCCAAAAUAACAUAUUUCUAUUCACUCAUCACCUUAAGAUGAUCUUAAGUAUGUACUAGAUUACAGACAUCUAUCUGUAAUUUAUUUCCUGAGACUUUUGUUCUCUUUAGAGAUAUAUAGAUAGGGAACAGAAACAUGAAAAAAUAUAUAAAUAUAUAUGCAUUAAAUUUCUCUCCUCCUCCUGAUUCCAAAAGGUUUUGUAUUACUACUUAAUCCACCAGUGUAUAUUUUUAAACUCUCCUGCAUUUAUUCAAUUAUGGCAUACCAUAUCUCAGUUCUCCCUGUCCCAACAGUCUCGCUGCUUCUGUCAUUUCUGUUCUCACGCUUCAUAUUGUAGCUGUUCAUGUGUAUCUAAAAUAAAAUAGCCACAUUUGUAAGUGAUUAAAACUGUUUAAUCUCACUGUGGAAAAUAAAUAGUUAUCCUGUUUUCUGCCUUCUCUUGAAUCUUUGAUGUCUUUUCUUUUAUGAUAAACUGUGGGAGGUUUGAGUCUUUUCUUAUAAUGUUUUUCGUUCACCUGCUUGUUG